AGCUGGAGACGGUCUCAGACGCGCAUCACGCCGCCAGCGCGUUGUUGCAGCUUCAUCUCGAGUCCAGUCGGAGGCGGUUGUAUAUGUGUGCACUUGUGCGUUUCGUCCUCGUCGCGCGUAACGCAGACCACACUGUGGGAUUACCCACGUUGCAGAGAGCUCCUGCACUCCGGUGAGAAAAAGAACUUGAGGAAUAUUUUUUAAGAUGGAAAAGACGAAUCUCCCCUGAACACUGAAAUACUGAAAUUCUACAGCGAGAGAACAACUGAGCAGGUGGGAUGCCAUAACCGGUGUGAGAGGGAGAGAGACUGAGGAACCAUGGACUCCUUGAUCUUUGCGUCAUCCCCCCCCAACCUGUCGGACCACCUCAUGUACGACAGCUUCCUGCAGGGGAACGAGUCUGAGCUCCACGGGAACUACUCAGACCCCAGCUUCAACCAAAUCAGCACGGUGAUCAUCACCUGCAUGUACUUUAUGGUUUGCACCGUGGGGCUCUGCGGAAACGCCCUCGUCAUCUACGUCAUCCUGCGCUACGCCAAGAUGAAGACGGUCACCAACAUCUACAUCCUCAACCUGGCGGUGGCCGACGUGCUCUUCAUGCUGGGCCUGCCGUUCAUCGCCAUCCAGUUGGCGCUCGUCCACUGGCCCUUCGGUCCCGUGCUCUGCCGGGUGGUGAUGACCCUGGACUCCCUGAAUCAGUUCACGUCCAUCUUCUGCCUGAUGGUGAUGAGCAUCGACCGCUACCUGGCGGUGGUGCAUCCCAUUAAGUCCACAAAGUGGCGCAAACCUCGCAUGGCCAAGACAAUCAACCUAGCAGUGUGGGGGGUGUCGCUGAUUGUUAACAUUCCCAUCGUCAUCUACAGCGGCGUCAUCACCAAGCACAACGGCUGCUUCUGCACCAUCGUGUGGCCCGAGCCUCAAGAGGCCUACUACACAGCGUUCAUGUUCUACACCUUCAUCCUGGGCUUCUUCCUGCCGCUCAUGGUCAUCUGCCUCUGCUACCUGUUCAUCAUCAUCAAGGUGAAGUCGUCAGGGAUCCGCGUGGGCUCCUCCAAGAGGAAGCGCUCCGAGAGGAAGGUGACCCGCAUGGUGUCCAUCGUGGUGGCGGUGUUCGUCUUCUGCUGGCUGCCUUUCUACAUCUUCAACGUCACCUCGGUGACGGGCACCAUCAGCACCACGCCCAUCCUGCGGAGCACUUUUGCUUUUGUGGUGGUGCUAGGAUACGCCAACAGCUGCGCCAACCCCAUCCUCUACGCGUUCCUCUCGGAGAACUUCAAGAAAAGUUUCCAGAAUGUGCUCUGCCUUAAGAAGGUGGGGGGGCUGGACGAGGUCGAUCGCAGCGACAGCCGGCAGGACAAAUCUCGCAUGAUGAACGACCCGACGGAGACGCAAAGCACGCUGCUGAACGGCGACCUGCAGACCAGCAUCUGAGAGGAAGGACACACGCAGACAGCCCUCUCUCUCUCUGUGUGGAAGUGGAAACAGUCUCUCUAAGAUCACAUCAGAGGGGACGUUAUUAAAUAUUAAACGUAGAGUUGAGAGGGGAACUCAUCACUUAUCAAGGAGGGAAAGCAGGAACACAACUCAACAAACUCAAAAAGAUACUUUCGUACUGGACUGCUUCUCCAUCUGCCUUUAGCUGAUAGAGACGUUGUUGGGUUUCGUUGGCGCUACACAAAUCCAUUCUAACACAAUCAGUGUUCAUACAAAUGUUUGCUCUGGGCUGCAAAUGAAAUGAAAAGGAAUUCCGGUUGACUGUUCCUCCGCAGUGUAUUGACUGUCGGGUAGAAGGUAAAUGGUCCCUCGGGUGACAUGGAUUUUCCCCCCGGAGAUCCAGGAUUAUAAACAGUUCACAGCAGACGGUCUCUGCCAAGUCUCACAAGUGUUGUGUUGUGUAGAAAUAUCAACGCAUCAGUGUGUUUGUGUAAAACAACAUGAGGAUGAUAAACCUGUUGACGGUGUCACUCCACUACUUGUCUCAUCUACAGCUCGGUGGUACGAUUGUAAAUAACUGUAAAAAGAAAGUGGACGAAGACAUAAAACACAAAGUCAGAGGGGGUUUUUUUUGUAUUUACUUUUCAAACUCUUGUAAAUAAGUAAUGAUGUUUCCAGACCAAUGAAUGUCGAGUGUCAUUGAUUCUCAUCAGGAGUCGCUUUUUCUUCCUAAUUCGUGUGAGCAGUUUAAUCGUGUUAAACGUGAAAUGUGAAUAUCAGUGUUGAGUGAGUUUACAGAUAUUUAGUGCUGUGCCAUUCUCCCCCUGUUUAUUUCUGUGUGAAUAAUUUAUGUCAAAUCAAUUGUUGCCGGCUCGGUCAAUCGACAAAGCCAGCCUCUAACCAAAGUGCUGCUAAGAUGUACAGAAGAUACAAUGUGGUAUAAAUAUUCUUGUUUGUGACUCAUGUUGGUGACUGUUCUUUACCACGGCUCAUUUACCAUUUAUUUAUAGAUAUGGUGUAAUAUAUUUAACGUUUCAGCCUUUGUUACUGAUCUUAAUCAGAAAUGCAGCAUCUCAUAAUUCUACACUAUUCAGUCUAAAUGCUGAGGAGUCGCUCAGCUCCAUGUUCUUAUGUCAUCUGAGAGCGUACAACCCUGUGACGGCCAGAUCUCCCCAGGGCUGUGGUGUAUGUCAAAGGUCACAGGUCACAGGUCACCGGAUGACGGAUCUGCCUGUGUUUUGAGUUAUCACAAGAGGAUGCACACUGUCCCCAAAGUAGUGAAGGACUGAGGGAGAGUUUUCCAUUCUUCAGUUUGGUUUUUGUUUCCGUUCCCCUCCUCUCGUCUGCGGUCCGUGACGUCAGCAGGCUGAGGGUUAAUCCGUGUCGUCGCUGUGUUGUGACUUUUUCGAUUUCCCCUCCACAGAGUACGGCGGACUUUGCUCUCCCCCUUACCGCCUCCUCCCAGAGAGAGCUGCUGCUGCUCAACACUCUGUAUUCCGACACUGACCCGUCCUCUUCUUAUAAUCCGUGGCAUUUGCGAGGCCUCAGUUCCGAGGUGUCUGAGAGACGUGAAUUUGUGAAGGGCUCGAACACUUAGCCUCGAAAGGCUCUGGUGUUCUUUUAUCACCUCAUCAUCAGUAUCAGUAUUGCUGUGCUGCUCCGCGAGUCCACAGCUCCUCCUGUGACUCACUGUGUGUUGCUGUUGUCUCAUUACUAUGUGUCAUUAAGAGUUAUUGAAAUUUAACCCUAUGUGUGUUCUUGUUUUUAUCACCUCUUAAGGACAUUUUCCAGCAUUGACUCAGACUUUGUCAGGACCAGUAAACCUCACAGGGACCAAAUCCUGGUCCUCAAAAGACAAAAAAUGUUUUUCUGAGGUCCUGGUUAAGUUUAGGUGGUAAGAUGAGAAUUGUGGUUAAGUUAAUGCUGGGGUUCGGGAUUAAUUUGUUAUGGUUAAUGGAUAAAGAUUUGGUUAGGCUGUCCACAAUGAAUAGAAGUCAAUGCAAAGUCCCCAUUAUGGUUAGCUGCGCAAACCUGUACAAAACAGUGCGUGUGUGUGUGUGUGUGUAUUGACGCCAUCCAUGACGAAUGGAAACUCCAUAUAUCCAGUUUCUGUGUGUGCAGUGCUGCUGAAUUUGUCCAGUAACAGCUUAUUAGCACAGAAAGACACGACACACCUCUAGUGUCCGAUAUCUCCAUGGCAACAGCGACUCCGAGUGUCGGUCCCGUGGUUAAAUUCAUCAGCAUAAUGAUAAUAGAGCGACGACUCUGGGCAUGAAUUUUGAAUGUAGACAUUGUUCAGACGACUGAAAAACAACACAACAAAAUAAAGAGCAGCAUCCAGCAGCAGGCCAAGAAACCAGACUCCCUCAGUGUCAUUAACCCGGUAUAUAUAUUAUAUUAUAGUUUGUGUUUGUGUGCAUUAGGAAUCAAACAUCCUGCUUUAUGUGUUUUUGUAGAAGAUAUGAAAGAAAACUCGCCUGUGACAUUGUUUACUGUUAUUGAAUAUGGACAUGUAUAAGUUGUACAAUGUCAUCCAGCUGUUUGAAAGUUUCUGUCUGCAUCAUUCUGGCAGAGACAAAGCUUACGGUUUAUUUUUCAUCGAUGCAUUUUUUUUAAGACUACAAGAUUUUCUACUGUGUAUUGGUGUAAUAGUUCAAUGUGAGUUUUUUAUUAUAAGCUUUUAUUUUCAGGCUAAAAGGAUUUUGUGUUUUUGGGGAACAAAUUCAAGCAUCGUUUAAAGUUGUAGUGUUUGUGUAUAAAAUUGUAUGUAUGUUUUUGUUCUGUUGAAUAAGACUGAAACACCAGGUUUGACGGAGCAGAGAUUGUGUGGAGCCGUGUUGAAACUAAAUAAAGAAUACAAAGCAUUA